GCAUUUAAGGAGGCAAUUCCCUCCCUUAGGGCAAGGGAAUGGUCCAAAGGGAGUCCAAAUUUCACGUUGUUUCUCCCUUGGUAUCGCGGCGAGUUUUCCCCGAUUCAUCUCCUCCACUGAACCCUCCGCAGGAAACAGACUGCAAGAACCGAGCGAGUAACAAUGUCGUCUGGAUUCAACAAUGGCAUAAGGGUUUUCAGAGCCUGUAGAGCUCUCUUAGCUCCGUCCAAAUCCUCUGCUACCGUUCCCGCCACCGCUCCCAAAUCCAAGACGACCUCGAAGCUGGAGCCGAAGCCGAAGCUGCCCAAGGUGAAGACUCCUCCGAGCUCCGUUGCUGCUGGUGUUGCAGCCACGCCCGAGCCGAAAAUAAAAAAGGAAAUGUCUCGACCGUCGGGGAUUCUGAAGGUCACUCAGGUUUCUCCAGCGUUGAGCAACUUCUUGGGUGUAUCGGAGGCUUCUCGCAGCGAUGCCGUCACGCAGAUCUGGUCUUACAUAAAGCUCCACAACCUUCAGAAUCCUGAUAACAAAAGAGAGAUCUACUGCGACGAUAAACUUAAAGCCAUAUUCGAAGGAAGGGAAAAGGUUGGUUUCUUAGAGAUCGGGAAAUCUCUCGCACGCCAUUUUGUAAAGAACUGAUGCAGGUGAUGAGAGAUCAACUUUCAAUCCCUGUUCUAACUUACUUUUUCAAUCCUUUUAGUUAGCAAUAGUCUUGUUUAGGUAACAUUGAUGAACUUCUCCCCAAUGUGAUGUCCAGUAAGUUUGUAAAAAGGAUAAACACCAAAGUAGAUGGCUUCCAUUUUCUUCACAAGUUGAAGCCUUCUUUUCCCUAAUCAGAUUGUACAUUUUGUGUUGUAUGGUGCUUCCACAUA